AUGAUCGAGUCCACGGUUGCCGAAGCUCGACGCGAAGCCGAAGAAAAGCGCGAUGCGAAAUAUGCGAAAAUGGAACGACAAAGAGAAGAAGUUCGUCAAGGCAUUCGAGAAAAGUAUAAUAUCAAGAAAAAAGAGGAAGCAUGUGCACUUCCACCGCCUUGCGAAGGACGAUUAACAGCCGAUAAAAAAGGACCUAUUCCAUUGCCAGAUGACGAUGAUAACUUCGAUCCAGUCAAAAUGGCAACUAAUGCAUUAAAUACAAUCACGGAAAAAUUACCAUUCAAAUUACCAUGGAAAUAG